UCGAAUCCCACCACUCAAACGAAAUACCUAAUGUUAGCUAAACCAGAGCUGAAAUAGGUUAAGAGAAACCCAUUUGCGUUAUAUUAUUGUUUAUUUUAGUCUCAUUGACAUAGUUUUAAAUGGACUUUGGAUCUUAUUAUUUCUGUGCAUCAAAAGAAAAUGAAAGUGACAGUUACAACUCUUUCUGGCGAUUUAUUUGUUCUUGAUGUUGGAGAAGAUCUAGAAUUAGAAAAUUUCAAAGCUUUUUGUGAGUUAGAAUCUGGGUUUCCUGCUCCAGAAAUUUCAAUAGUUCAUAAUGGUAGACCCCUAAUAGAUAAUAAAAAGUCAAUGAAGAACCAUGGAGUAAAAGAUGGUGAUGUUGUUGUUCUCCAGCACAUUGCUUCAGGAUCUCAUAACAAUCGCCCCAUGAGUUUUAAUGCUCCUGAUCAAGGUCCUCUGACAGGUCUUGACUUCAGCAGCAUCCAAGUUCCUGGAGCUGCCAUGUCUCCCACGAGUGGCCGGGCUGGACCGGCCGGCAUUACUCCAAGGAUGGAUGACCCAGCUUAUGUCCGAGACUUGUUCAUGGCUAAUCCAGAUCAACUUGCACUGUUGAAGCAAAAUAAUCCUCGACUUGCUGAUGCAUUAGCAACUGGUAGACUUGAAGUGUUCGCUAAUGUUAUGAGGGAACAAAUGAAAGAGCGUGAAAGAAGACAGGAGCAAAGAUUGAGGAUGAUGAAUGCUCAUCCUUUUGAUACUGAGGCCCAAAGACUCAUAGCCGAAGAAAUAAAGCAAAAGAAUAUUGAGGCAAAUAUGGAGGCAGCUAUGGAAUACAAUCCUGAAACAUUUGGAACUGUGGUUAUGCUUUACAUUAAUUGUAAAGUUAAUGGAUAUCCAGUCAAGGCAUUUAUUGAUUCUGGUGCACAAACUACGAUAAUGUCAGCUGCAUGUGCUGAGAGGGUCAACAUCAUGCGGCUGGUUGAUACACGAUGGGCAGGGAUUGCCAAGGGAGUGGGAGUUCAGCGAAUUAUUGGCCGAAUUCAUAUGGUUCAAGUAGCCAUUGAAAAUGACUACUUGACUACAUCAUUCUCUGUAUUAGAAGAGCAGCCUAUGGAUAUGCUUCUGGGACUUGAUAUGCUUAAACGGCAUCAGUGUUGUAUAGAUCUAAAAAAGAAUGUACUCCGUAUUGGAACAACAGGGACUGAAACCCAUUUCUUGAGUGAACGGGAUCUGCCAGAUUGUGCACGCCUCACCUCCAACGCUGAUGAUGAAGUCAUGGAGACCAUAGAAGACAAAGACAUACAGAAAGCAAUUCUAGCCAGUCGCCAGACAAACCCCUCAGGUGCAAGUACAAGUCAGUUGAAUCCAUCAACAUCCGUCCUGGAGUCAGACAGAUUUGGAGAGCCGGAGGUAAAAGAACUUGUGAAUCUUGGAUUUACAAGAGAACAGGUGAUUGCAGAGCUACGUCGCUUUAAUGGUGACAAAAAGCAAGCCACUGCCGCACUAUUUGCAAAGUCACUCAAGUUUUGAAGUGGUGCACGCUCAACGUUAUCCACAAUUUUUCACUGAUUUGAAUUGUACAAGCAAUUAGAUUUUGUUAGUUGAAUUUAACCAGUUACAUUGUUUUAUUGCUGUCAUUUUAAUAAAAGUGUUUAUAAGUUUUUA